UCCCCGUCCUCCAGACCAGCGCUGACACUCCAUCCGUCCCCCUGACACACACCACACCACCAUGAAGAGGCAAAACGUGAGGACCCUCGCCCUCAUCAUCUGCACCUUCACCUACCUGAUAGUCGGCGCCGCGAUCUUCGACGCGCUGGAAUCUCGGAAGGAGACGACUCAGAGGAGGGAGCUGGACCUGAGGAAAGCGGAGCUGCUCAGGACGUUCAACUUGUCCACGGAGGACUUUGACGAGCUGGAGAAGGUGGUGCUUCAGCUGAAGCCGCACAAAGCCGGGGUGCAGUGGAAAUUCGCCGGCUCGUUUUACUUCGCCAUCACUGUGAUCACGACCAUAGGAUAUGGCCAUGCAGCCCCCAGCACAGAUGGAGGGAAGGUGUUCUGCAUGCUCUAUGCUCUCCUGGGCAUCCCUCUCACCUUGGUCAUGUUCCAGAGCGUGGGUGAGCGGAUCAACACAUUUGUCAGGUACCUGCUCCACCGCCUAAAGAAGUGUGUUGGCAUGAGGCGCACUGAGGUGUCCAUGGUCAACAUGGUGACCAUCGGUUUCAUAUCCUGCAUGAGCACACUGUGCGUAGGGGCGCUGGCGUUCUCCCACUUUGAGGGAUGGAGCUUCUUUCAUGCUUACUACUACUGCUUCAUUACACUGACCACUAUCGGCUUUGGGGACUAUGUGGCGCUGCAGAAAGAGCAUGCUCUGCAGACCAAGCCGGAGUAUGUAGCAUUCAGCUUCAUCUACAUCCUGACGGGCUUGGCUGUGAUCGGAGCUUUCCUCAACUUAGCAGUACUGCGGUUCAUGACCAUGAACGCCGAGGACGAGAAGAGGGAUGCUGAGCAGAGGGCUCUCCUCGCUCAUAACGGUCAGGCGGGAGGACACAUCCACUGUUCUGUUGACCCGGCCUCCUCCUCCUCCACAGCGUCAGGGUGCGGUGGAGGAAGCGCAGUUGGAGGGAAUGGGGGAGGUGGAGGGGCAGCGAGCCGGGGUCUACGUAAUGUUUACGCUGAGGUGCUCCACUUCCAAUCCAUGUGCUCCUGCCUUUGGUACAAGAGUAGAGACAAGCUGCAAUACUCCAUACCCAUGAUCAUCCCACGUGACCUCUCCACCUCAGACACCUACAUGGAGCAGGGAGAGGGUUUUUCCAACACCCUGCACUCUAACGGCUGUGUGUGCAGCCUGCAGCGCCACUCAGGCAUCAGCUCAGUUUCCACCGGUCUGCACAGCAUCAGCACCUACAGAAGACUCAAUAAACGCAGAAGCUCCAUCUAAACCAGGAAGAAUUCAUGCUUCAAGGUCAAGUCCCACUUGUGUGUACCCUGUGGUGGGAGAGAGUCCUUCUAAUAUGGUACUAUAUUAGCUGUUGACAUCAGGGGGAACACAACUCCAGUCCUAAAAAGACACAGUACUCCUGAUGUUUUCUUCUUUCUGGCACUGAAGAGCCUGCUGCUGCAGCCUCCAGACUCCAGUCGUGUAUUUAACUUCCAUUAGCUAAGCACAAACCAUUUAGGACUAACAUCAUUACUGAUGUCACUGACAAAAUAACGCUAAUGGCUGUUUAAGAAGCAUUCGCCACACAAACUCUGAAAUGCUACACAAACUAGAAGACAGGGAAGUAAACACAUGCGGCUCUCUCCACACCUCUGAAUUGUAAUAUUAAAUACAAUACUGAACUCAGUAUUUUCUUUGUUCAGAAUGAAUUUCAUGUUCUAGUAUGAAAAGGGACAAAGUACACUGUGAGAUAUGUUUGGAGGUGUAUCAGCUGUAUAUAACGCCCCGCUUAGAAAUAUUUUAUUUAAUAAUCUUAAAUCCACUUUCCAAAAGGAAACUUUGGUUGUAAGUAUCAUACUCACUUAAGUCAGAUAAAAAUGUGUAUAUAUUUGCACAAUUCACUAGUAGGUGAGGGAAAGCCUAUUUUUUCAUUGAAAGUUUUCAAAAAUAUUUUGUUUCUUCUCCUGUGUGUCUGUAACUGAAGAUCAGGUUCAUGCCAAACUUUCUCAUCCGUUUCAUAUUUUCUCUUCCCAUGAGAAAACUCAGAUUAAUGGCAUUUGGGUGACAUCUUGUUUUGAUCGCGAAUGAUCCGGCAGGUUUGGCUUAAAUGUCUUGCUGAAGGACAGGACACUUGUGUUGCGGAGGUCCAACUUGUGAGAGUGUGUCUAACCACUAGGCCUCCCUGCCAACCCUUUCAGACCUCACUGUUGUAUUAUAAAUCGCUAUGAAUUUCUUUUUCAUAGUUACUGCCUGUACUUCAAACUAUUUUCUUUAAUUGUUGCUCGUCAUAUGUUGUCAUCUAGCACAACUAUAUUCUGAUUGUUUAACUGAGAGCAUGUAAGCUCACUUUGUGCAUAGUAGAGUCAUAUCAUAUUCACUGCUGCACCUUAGAAGACUGUAUGCUUAGGACACUGGAAAUCAGUGCACCAUUUUAUUUAAUUUCUUUUUUUAAUGGAAAGAAGUGAUGUUUUGUUACGUAAAUGAUACGCCCUUUCUUGUGUUAUCAGUCUGAAAUGUUUGACUUGAUACUCUGUAUUAUUGAUGAUUAAGAAUAAUAGCAGUACACCUCAUUAAUAAAAUGGCCUCAGAGUUUGCACCUCAUGCACUUAGGGGGUCUUUGCUCCAGCCCCACCUAAACACACUUGACUGACACUUUGUUCUUGUUUUAGACCUCUGGAGGAGUUUUCUUACAUUAUCCUUAUUAUAUUGUAUUUUAUUUUUGUAGUUUUAUUUUACGAUGUCUCUAUUUUUUAUUCCUGUCACUUUCCUUUCAGUCACAUUUUCAUCUUUUUUUCUACUGGAAAAUUCUUAUUAACUGCAAUAUGCCCGUUAUCAUUGUUCAGCACCUCUCAUGAACCAAAAGAGGGACUGCAGUUGGCUGUGUGUGGCUAUACAUUGACAGUAUAUAUUUUUUCUUUAAUCAUAAUAAAAUAUGAAUACAUUUAAAA